CACAUGACACUUAAAAAAUGGCGACCUCCAGUAUUUUUGCUGGUAGACUGAGAUCAGGGUCAGAAAAAUUUGCGACUGUAGAUGCCGAUGGAAAUAAAAUUGAGGUUGAAACAAGAGAAGAUGAGGAACAAAAUGUCAAACUUCAGCAGACCAUUGACUUACUUCUGGCUGCUGGAUAUUUUAGAGCUCGUAUCAAGGGACUGUCUCCAUUUGACAAAGUUGUUGGUGGGAUGACUUGGUGUAUAACAACCUGUAACUUUGAUGUGGAUGUCGACUUGCUGUUCCAAGAAAACUCAACUAUAGGACAGAAAAUAGCUCUCACUGAAUCUAUUGUUGCUGUGCUUCCUCGAAUGAAAUGUCCACAUCGUAUUGAACCCCAUCAAAUCCAGGGUCUUGAUUUUAUACAUAUCUUUCCUGUUGUACAAUGGCUUGUGAAGAGGGCUAUUGAGACGAGGGAGGAGAUGGGAGAUUACAUCCGCUCAUACUCCAUCUCACAGUUUAGCAAAAGCCACAAAAUGCCAGAAGAUGAAGCUUUUGAAGCUCUUAAAGACAAGUCCUUAGAAACUCUUUCAAAUGUGAAGGAUUCAUACAGACCUCAGAGACGUUUUCGUAGGCAUGAUUUUAACAAACUUAAGGAUGAAGAGACUAGAGUUCAGUCUACCCUUUUAGAAUAUGGAAGGCAAUACAGAGUUAGUCAGACAGAGAAAGAUGAAAAGGAUGCGGGAGACAAAAAGAAAGCCCUAGCUGCAGCUUUAUCUAAAGACAAUGAACAGGAGGAAUCUGCUGAGGCUGAAGAGGAGCGUAUCAAGGCCCUAAUGAGUGGAAUGUCUAUUAUGGAUACUAAAGAGGGUAAAGUAACAGCUAGUGCCGUUGGAUCUAUAGUAGGGAUAAAGGCGCAAGAGAUUCAGCAAAUGGCAUCAGAGUAUGCUCAGAAACAAGCAGAGAUAGAACAAAUGGAGAAACAGGAGAGACAAGGCGGGGCUGAACAACACAAGAGGUUAACCAGUGCAUUGAAGAAACAAAUAGAACAACAGAAGAAAAAACUCGAUGAGGUGUCCACCAGGCACACUGAACUGCAUGCAGCCUAUGUGGAGACUAAGCAGAAACUGGAAGAGGUGCAGCAGCAGAGUGCCCACAUUGAUGCUGAGAUGGAAAGACUUGCAGACAUUGAGUCAGGGGAGAAUCAAGGAAUACUUCAGACUUUGAGAUCUUUGGUGGCCAUGAAUGAAAACCUUAAAAAACAAGAACAAGAAUUCAAAGCUCACUGCAAGGAGGAAAUGGCCAGGCUGAAAGAGAACAUUGAAAAACUGAAAGUUGAAGGGGAUGAGGCAGACUCAGAAGACAAGGAAAGAGUGAACCUAAUUGAUAAGCAGUACAAUGCUGACAAGGAGAAACUUCACAAGAUAAGGCUGUUACUUGCCAAGAAAAAUAGAGAAAUAUCUAGUCUACAAAGAAAAAUUGAUGAAGUUCCAUCUCGAGCAGAGUUGAGUCAAUACCAGCGAAGAUUUGUUGAGCUCUAUAAUCAAGUGGCCUCUAAACAUACGGAAACCAAACAAUUUUUCACCUUAUACAACACACUGGAAGACACCAAAACUUAUUUAUUUAAAGAGGUUCAGCUUUUGAAUUCUAUCCAUGAUAAUUUCCAAACGGCAAUGUCCUCAUUAACCAACAAGGAAGCUUUCCUCAAGCAGUUUGAACAGAUUGUUGAGGGUGUCAAGCAGAACAAGGCUAAGGCGGAGAAGAAAAGACAGGAAGAAAAGAUGAAACGUGACCAGCUGAGUGACCAUCACCUUGACCUUAUAGAAAAACAGAGACUGUACUUUAAAACUGUCAAGGAGUUUAAAGAAGAAUGUAGAAAAAAUGAAAUUCUACUCUCUAAAUUGCGAAACUAGUUAUGUUUUUAUAUAUUGUUUAGACAAGACUAAGUCAGUUGCAUCACAAAGUUGGGGGAAAAUCAUUGUGGGAACUCAGUGUUAUGACUAACUGUUAUAAACAUGAUGUACUCAACUGCUGUGAGUUUGGUGUUACCCUAGCAUAGAGUAUAUAAUCUCCAUCUAGAAUAGUUACAACAGUUCUUAAAAUUAAAGAUGAACAAAAUAAUGAUUUAAUAAUUUAAAUUUAUUUAAUGAUACAUAAUAAAUGAUGUUAUGGCUACAAAGUGAAAGGUGUGUACACAGUUGAUAACUGGAGAAAGUAGAUUUUCUCAUUUAAGUUGGAGAAUGUUCAUUUUGGUGUAGUGCCCCCCCCCCCCCCCCAAUGGUGACACCCAGCACCCUUGCCCCCACUUUGUGGCACUACUGGUCUGGCAAUACUGUUAUUUAUUUAGAGCUAUGUCUUUGAUGUUUGAUGUAUCCAGAUAUUAAUACUGUACAAUUACACAGCAUAAAAUUGUAAGCAUCAGCUUAGCACUUGAGGAUUAACUUGAGCUAAAUAAGGUGUCAAGUUUAACUUCAAUAUUUAUAUAUUGCAAGCUCUAUGAAAACUUAGAAAUGUGAAUAUAUUGCUUUAAAAAAGUUAGCGAUUAUAUUUAAAAGAAAAAAAUCAGUUUCAAUUGUAAUUCUUUUUUUUUUUUGCUAUUUAAUACCUUUUGUUUGAAACUAUUAAAAAUGUUGAAUUAACAUCUUUCAGUACCUUGG